AUGGUGCGAGCUAAAAACUCUGUGAACGUUGAUGUGAAAGCAGAUGAAAUGUACUCCAGACAAGACUGCCUUCUUCCUGAAUGGCACUUAAAGGCUCUUACUUGUUCUGCUGUUUUUAUGUACUCUAGAGAGCAUUUGGUGCGCAGGGCGGCGCAGGCGCUGCUGGCGCUGGCGCGGAGCGGCGCGGAGCGGCUGCUCGGCGAGGGCGAGAGCGUCUUCCUGGUGCUGACCGUGUGGAAGAUCCCGCGCGCCGCGCGCCUCAUCACGCUGCCGCUGCCGCACGGCGUGCGCGGCGACGCGGCCGAGGUGUGCCUGUUCACGCGCGACGAGCCGGGCGCCUCGGCGGAGCAGACGGAGCGCGCGUACCGCGAGCUGCUGGCGCGCGGCGGCGUGAGCGGCGUCACGCGGAUCAUCUCGUACAAAACGCUCAAAAGCGAGUACAAACCCUUCGAGGCGAAGCGCCGGCUCAUGAACAGGUUCGACCUCUUUCUGUCGGACGCCCGGAUCAGGCGGCUGCUGCCCUCGCACCUCGGCAAACACUUCUAUCGGAGUAAAAAGGUUCCUUUAUCCGUAAACCUGCAAGCCAGCAACCUCGCCAAGGAACUCAACAAGUACCUGCAGGGGUCCGUGCUCCCGGUCACCAACAAGGGCUGCUGCUAUACAGCCCGUAUUGGUCACACGGGAAUGAAAGCUGAUGAGAUAGUAGAAAACGUGAUGGCUGCCGCCAAGGUGAUAGGGAAGAAGCUGCCGAAGAACUGGAAAAAUGUCAAAAUUCUCCACCUCAAAACAGCUAAAUCGAUUGCUCUUCCAAUUUUUACUGCCCAAAUCUCCAAGUUGGAUGAGCUUGACAAAGAGCCAUUGACUGAUAAAGAGGAAGAAAAGAAGGGAAAGAAAAAAAGGAUAAAGAAACCAAAGAAAGCCGGUGAAAAAAUGACUUCAAGUGAAGUUGCUGUGACAACUGAAGCUAAGGACAUCGCUGCUGACCAAGAGCCAGCAGUGAAGGAAGAAGCAGAACUGGCUCAAGAGCCAGAUGACGACGACGAUGGAGAAAUUCCCCAACUAGUGCCUAUUGACAAGCCAACGAGCGGUGUUGCUCAGCUGAAGAAAACAGAACCAAAUGAGAGUCCAGGAAAAGGUGGCAAGCUGGGCAAGAAAACUAAAACACGUCUUGGUAAGAGGAAAAAUCCGUUCCCUCAGGAGACUCCAAAAACGAAACAUAAAGUUACUGCAGAGAAGACAAGUCUGCCAGAAUCACCAAAACRAGAACAAGCCAAGCAGCUCAACCCGUCAAAGGAGGCCAUAAAGAAGAAAGAGCUCAAAAAGACUCCCAAAAAGCCUGAAGCAAAGUUUUUUGCAACACCUAAACCUGGCAAACUAGUACAGUCAGCCAAGAAACCUUCCAAAACACCUAAAUAAACACCCAGGAAAAAAAAAUCAGCCCACAGCCAGCCUGAGUAUUGUGUGUUGUACCGUUUCAUAUAGUCAUUGAAGUAUGUCUUUUUAGGAAGCAAAUACAUUAUUUUAUUAAUGUAACAACUCAAUAAAAUCUGAUCCUAGGU